GUCGAGCAACACGUCAGGAUUUCAGUGGCAGGGAAGGCAGCUCUCCAUGUUGCGGCGCUGCGUGGCAGUGGGAACCGAUCUGCCACUGGCUGGCUGGCUGGCUGCACAACAAACGCACGCGUGGCUUUAGUCGUGAACGGCCUUAACACUUGGCACUUACAUUCGGCGAGAAGCAGCGGCGAGUCUCGGACGAAGCUACCUGCUGCAGAGCGACUUUGCGCCGCGUCCUACACCCAGGAGGACAAGGUGUGGGGGGGGGAUCGCUCCUGUGACCGGGCUGAAUGUGGUCGCUUUGAUCGGUGCAGUUAUUCCUAGAGUCAGUGGCUUGGGCUGUUUUGAAGCGAUUGGACGCGGACAGAGAGAGCGGUGGACCGCAGCAGCAACACAAGAAGCCGUGAAUGCGAUGCCCGAGCUGGAAAGAAAACCCCAGCUUCAAGUCUAGAGAAGAAAACAGUGGACUGUCUCUGCAGGAUUGCGACUUUGGCUUAGCCCGGUGAAAUGUAGUGCUUCGCUCCUCCCAAAGCCGGAUUUAUUGUUUCCUCAAGGUUUCUUUCUGUAGUCGGAUCUCCGCUGCUGCAGUCAUGUUUAGGAACAGCUUGAAGAUGCUACUGACGGGGGGGAAGGCCAACCGCAAGAGUCGCAGCAGCGAUGGUGGGAGCGACGAUUUUGGAGACCCCCGCUCACCCAGUUUGGACCCUCAUCUGAGCCACAUUGGCCAAGGUGGCAGCAUAGACAGCGACUGUGCCUUUGAGGGAGACUACGCCAUUCCCCCGCUCUCCAUGACCGAGGGCAUGCAGCACAUUCGGAUCAUGGAGGGCGUGUCGCGCUCUUUGCCUUCCUCCCCACUGCUCGCCCACCAGGCCAUCGGUGUCAGGCUGCAGCCGGUGAAGAAACUCACAGCCCCACUGCGGAAAGCAAAGUUUGUGGAGAGCCCUCGCAUUCCACAAUCAGAGCUUGGCUCCCCUACACACACCUCUGCUACUGCCAAGAAUACAGACCUGGACACAUACUUCCCUGGGGAGUCAAGCCAUGAGCUGGGGCCCCCUCCGUCCGUGGAUGAGGCAGCCAACACAUUGAUGACGCGACUGGGUUUCCUUCUGGGAGACAAAGUGAGUGAGGGGCCAGCUGGUACGCAGUACAGCAUGGAGGAACCCGAGGCGAGACAGGGCCAGAACCAGAGGAUCAGCCCCUGCUCCACCCUGACCAGCAGCACUGCCUCUCCGCCUGCAGGCAGCCCCUGCUCCACCCUCCCCACGGCCAUGCCGGGCCAGGCCGGCAACAAGGACUGCGCCUACGGUUCUGUCACCAGCCCCACCUCAACACUGGAGAGCAGAGACAGCGGCAUUAUAGCUACUCUGACGAGCUACUCGGAGAACAUGGAGCGAGGCGGCAAAUACAGCGAGGGCUCACGAGGGAACCUGAAGUUGUGGCAAUCCCAGAAAUCAGGCAUGGACUCGUUCCUGUACAGGGUGGAUGAAAACAUGACCGCCUCCACCUUCAGCCUGAACAAAAUCCCUGAACGCAACCUGGAGAGCAUGUCCUCCCAUUCUGCCCACUCCAUCCCUUUGUACCUCAUGCCCCGUCCCAAUUCUGUGGCCGCUACAAGUUCAGCCCACCUAGAGGACCUGGCGUACCUGGAUGAUCAGAGGCACACUCCAUUACGCACCUCGCUGCGCAUGCCGAGGCAGAGCACCACCUGCGGGCCGGGUCGCUCCGGGCAGGACCUGAGAGCUUCUGCAAAUAACACCCAUGCCUGGCAAUCUCAGUCACUGCGUUUUGCACCUUAUCGGCCUCAGGACAUCGCUCUCAAACCUCUGCUGUUCGAAGUACCCAGCAUCACCAUGGACUCUGUCUUCACGGGACGCGAGUGGCUCUUCCAAGAGGUCGACGCCCACCUCAACAACCCCAACGGCGGUAGCAACCACGGCGUCGUGAUCGUGGGCAACAUCGGCUUCGGCAAGACGGCGAUCAUCUCCCGGCUGGUGGCGCUGAGCUGCCACGGCACCCGCAUGAGGCAGAUCGCCUCGGACAGCCCGCAGGCCUCUCCCAAACAUGGAGAGGGGCUCCCUCUCACGCAGCCCCAACCCACGCACGGCACCCUAGGAGGAGGCAGCUGUCCUGGAACCCCUGAGAUGAGGCGACGUCAGGAAGAGUCCAUGAGGAGGCUGGCGUCACAAGUGGUGGCCUAUCACUACUGCCAGGCAGAUAACGCCUACACCUGCCUGGUGCCGGAGUUUGUGCACAACGUCGCAGCCUUGUUGUGCCGCUCACCGCACCUGGUCGCCUACAGGGAGCAGCUUCUGAGGGAACCGCAACUGCAGAGCGUCCUGAGUCUGCGCUCCUGCGUCCAGGACCCCUUGGCUUCCUUCAGAAGAGGGGUCCUGGAGCCCCUGGAUGCACUUUACAAAGAAAGAAAAAUCAACUCUGAGGAGGACCUCAUUAUCCUCAUCGACGGCCUCAAUGAGGCUGAGUUCCACAAGCCGGACUACGGAGACACCGUUGUUUCCUUCCUCACCAAAACCAUUCACAAGUUCCCUCCCUGGCUCAAACUAGUGGUGACGGUCAGAACAACGCUACAGGAGAUCACCAACGCGCUGCCGUUUCAUCGCAUCUCCCUGGACAGCCUGGAGGAGAACGACGCCAUAGACCAGGACCUGCAGGGCUACAUCCUGCACCGCAUCCACAGCAGCCCCGAAAUCCAGAACAACAUUUCGCUUAAUGGCAAGAUGGACAACACCACCUUUGGCAAGCUCAGCGGCCACCUGAAGGCCCUGAGCCAGGGGUCCUACCUGUACCUCAAGCUCACCUUUGACCUCAUUGAGAAGGGCUACCUUGUUCUCAAAAGUUCCAGCUAUAAGGUGGUUCCAGUAAACCUAGCAGAGGUGUACCUGCUGCAGUGCAACAUGCGCUUCCCCACACAGUCGUCGUUCGAGCGGGCGCUUCCCCUUCUCAACGUGGCCGUGGCGUCGCUCCAUCCGCUGACGGACGAGCAGAUAUACCAGGCCAUCAACGCUGGUUCGCUGCAGGGCACACUGGACUGGGAAGACUUUCAGCAGCGUGUCGACAACCUGUCAGUCUUCCUCGUGAAGAGGAGGGAUGGCACCAGGAUGUUUGUUCACCCUUCCUUCAGGGAGUGGCUGAUCUGGAGAGAAGAGGGAGAAAAGACAAAGUUCCUCUGCGACCCGAGGAGCGGACACACCCUGCUGGCCUUCUGGUUCUCUCGCCUGCAGAACAAGCUGAACAGACAGCAGACCAUCGAGCUGGGCCAUCACAUCCUCAAAGCACAUAUCUUUAAGGGUCUCAGCAAGAAAGUCGGCGUCUCAUCGUCUAUCUUGCAAGGUUUGUGGAUAUCUUACAGCACAGAGGGUCUUUCUGCAGCGCUCUCAUCACUCAGAAAUCUCUACACUCCCAACAUCAAGGUGAGUCGGCUUCUGAUGCUGGGCGGUGCCAACGUGAACUACCGCACGGAGGUGCUGAAUAACGCCCCCAUCCUCUGCGUCCACUCCCAUUUGGGCUACAUGGACAUGGUGGCUCUGCUGCUUGAGUUUGGUGCCUUCGUGGACGCCCAGUCUGAAAACGGCCUCACACCGCUUGCCUACGCUGCUGCCGGCGGACACAUGGCCAUCGUCACUGCACUUUGUCGCAAGAGAGCAAAGGUGGACCAUCUGGACAAGAACGGCCAAUGCGCCCUGGUUCACGCGGCCUUGAGGGGCCACAUGGAGGUGGUGAAGUUCCUCAUCCAGAGUGACUGGAACGUGGGCUCACAGCAGCAGCAACAACAGUCACCGCAGGCACAGCAGCAGGCAGCCUUCACCAAGAGCCAAGCAGUCCAGCAGGCGCUGGUCGCUGCAGCCAGCAUGGGCUACACAGAGAUUGUUUCCUACCUGCUGGACCUGCCAGAGAAAGAUGAAGAGGAAGUGGAGCGUGCUCAGAUCAAUAACUUUGACACCCUGUGGGGAGAGACAGCUCUGACGGCAGCCUCGGGUCGCGGGAAGCUGGAGGUUUGCCGCCUCUUAUUGGAGCAGGGCGCCGCCGUGGCUCAGCCCAACAGACGAGGCAUUGUUCCACUCUUCAGCGCCGUCAGACACGGACACUGGCAGAUUGUAGACCUCCUUCUGACUCAUGGAGCCGACAUCAACAUGGCUGAUAAGCAGGGUCGCACGCCUCUAAUGAUGGCCGCCUCAGAGGGACAUCUGGGAACGGUGGAGUUUUUACUCUCCCAAGGAGCUUCUCUGUUGCUGAUGGAUAAGGAGGGUCUGACUGCACUGAGUUGGGCCUGUCUGAAAGGACAUUUACCUGUGGUCCGCUACCUAGUGGAGAGCGGCUCUGCCACUGACCACGCAGACAAGAACGGACGCACGCCCCUUGACCUAGCAGCUUUCUACGGUGACUCUGACGUGGUCCAGUUCUUGGUCGACCACGGGGCCAUGAUAGAGCAUGUCGACUACAGUGGCAUGCGUCCUCUGGACCGAGCAGUGGGCUGCAGAAACACGUCGGUAGUGGUGGCCCUGCUCAAGAAAGGAGCCAAGAUUGGAUGUCAGACGCUGCCCAGUCGGCCCCGAGGUCCAGCCACGUGGGCCAUGGCCACCUCAAAACCUGACAUCAUGAUCAUCUUACUCAGCAAGCUCAUUGAGGAGGGGGAUAGCUUCUACAAGAAGGGGAAGGUAAAGGAGGCGACUCAACGUUACCAAUACGCUCUGAAAAAGUUUCCACGUGAAGGCUUCAGUGAGGACCUCAAGACAUUCAGGGAACUCAAAGUAUCACUGUUCCUCAACCUGUCCCGAUGUCGGAGGAAAAUGAAUGACUUUGGGAUGGCUGAGGAAUUUGCUACCAAGGCACUUGAACUGAAACCAAAAUCGUAUGAAGCCUAUUAUGCCAGAGCACGUGCCAAACGUAGCAGCAGACAAUUUCCUGAAGCCUUAGAGGACCUAAAUGAAGCCAUAAAACUAUGUCCAAAUAACAGAGAAAUUCAGCGACUCCUUCAGAGGGUGGAGGAGGAAUUUCAUCAGCUGAACCAGGAAGAACACCAGCAGCAGGACAUGGAAUUGGAGCCUCCACCUUCACCUCCCCCAACACCCCCUCCAGAGGAGGAGGAGUCCCUGUCCCUGUCCAUGCCUCUUCCCCCUCCACCUGAGCCCCGCCUGGAGGACAUGGAGCCUGUCCAGGACCUAUUUGAGGAUGAGGACUACUUAGAGCAGGAGCUGGAGGCUAUGUCUUUGGCACUACCUCCUCCAGAAUCUCUCACCAAUCCGUCAAGUCUUCCCAUCAUACAAAGCCCACCUCUCUCCCCCACACACCCGGAUCAGAUUUAUUUAGCUGGGGGUUCACCCAUGGGUCAGCCUUAUGAAUACCUCCCAACCUCCUCCUCUAUGUCCUCCCCAACUCGAGGUUCAUACCAGCCCCCAUCGCCCUCUCUCUCUCCGACUCAUCAAAACUCCCACUACCGACACAGCCCUCCUCACACUUCUCCAGUGCACCAACAGUCCUACCGCUUCAGCCCACCUCCGAUGGGCAUCGGAGGUCAAGGGAUGGAUCACCAGAGCCCACCGCCUUCUCCUUUACGUCGGGCUGCUCAGUACAGAGCUAGUCCGCCGUUGGAAAGUGUGUGCUUGUACAGAUCGCAAUCUGGGUCUCCGGUGCGCUACCAGACAGAGCAGCUCCCUGGACGACCCAAAUCUCCCCUUUCCAAGAUGAGCAGCCAGCGUUCAUUCCAGCUGACCUCACAGCCAUCGAUAUCCUCCCAGCAUCACCAAGCCCAAGGUCUUCGCCUCCAACCCUCUAUCGCCCAAAUCGUCCGCACAAACCAGCCCAAUGUCUUGGGCAACAGCUUUAGUGGUCCAAUGGGCCACUCCAUUGGUGGUCGCUAUCAGGGGGGCUCAGUGGAUGUGGAGAGCCGCCUGGUGUACCAGCCGUCCCUGGACGGGCGGUCCAUGCCCCAGGCCAGCCUCAGCUCUGGGGCCCUCUGUCAGCACGGCGGCCGAGGAGGGGUCAUGGAGUCAAACCUGUUGAAAGAUGAGCUACCCCAGCGCCCCUCCUCUGCCUACCGCGCCAGCAGUGGGGGUCCGGCGGGCAUCCGUUACAGCCAGACACCUCAGAUAAGCCGCAGCCAGUCUGCAGCCUACUACCCAGUCUCUGAACACGUACUGGAGCGUGCAAACGCCAUGCCUCCCUGUCAGCUGGGCUCUCCUGAGAUCCCCCACAUGGUGAGACGUCCUGUGAGUGCCAAUACUACUGAGAUGAAGCAGCAUGUGCCCACCCCAAGGCCUCUCAUCCAUUCUCAGAGUGUAGGCCUGCGAUUCUCCCCCUCUAGCAACAACAUCUCAGCUGGGUCUACUUCCAACAUAGCUCAGGCCUUUAGGCCCUCCGCGUCUAUUCAGCAAAUGGAGAUUCCCUUGCAAGCUACAUAUGAGCGCACCUGUGACGACAUCUCCCCGAUUUCUCCCUCUCAGAGUGGUGGUCUAUAUCAGGGCGAAACCACCCGCUCCAGGAAUACUCCUUUCAUGGGGAUCAUAGACAAGACCGCUCGGACUCAACAGUACCUGCAUCAGCCCGGACGGUCCAGGCCCAUGACCUCCAUGGAUUCUGCUAUUAGCCCGACCUCCCCUGGGCAGCUAGUCCAGCAGGGCUCCACCUACAGUCCCCCAGCAUCUCUGGGCAACAUCGCCUACUACAACAAGACCAACAAUGCCCAAAAUGGACACCUGUUGGAGGAGGACUACUACUCCCAGACCCAACCCUCCUCACUGGGAAAGUUGGCCAAUGGAUCUCGUGGCACUAGUGAUAUUCUGGAACGGGUCAGCCAGGUGCCCACCUACCCUGACGUGAAGGUGGCGAGGACUCUGCCAGUGGCACAGGCCUACCAGGACAACAUGUACCGCCAGCUGUCACGUGACUCCCGGACCCAAGGCCCCACCUCCCCCAUCAAACCAAAGAGACCAUUUGUGGAGUCGAAUGUGUGAGUGGACAGUUUGGACUUGGCGCGUCAGUAGAAGUGAGGCUGGAACAAGAAUAUUUAUCUAAAAUAAAAACAACAACAAAAUGUGACAUGUGAUCUGUGUAUGUGUCCUGGACAAACUCAUGCAAAAGAACUCUUAAGAGACAACUCCAGUCAAAGAGAGAAAACCACAUUUAGGCUUUUAGACACUAUCCUAUGUGAAAAAAACAUAACUGAUACUGAAAUGAUCAUUUCAUCAUCAUCAUCAUCAUCAUAAUCUGCACACAGGCUGAACAACAGAACGUUUCUGAGUUCUCAUUUCAUUCUUUGACCAGUGCACUUCCAAGACUUAGAGUGGCACAACGCGACCACAAGUGACCACCCCAGAUGGGACUGAAAGAGUGACCGUGCUCCUCAUCAGACUCUGCUCGUGGACUCUCUGCUCAUCUUAAGUUCUUUCAAAGUGUGCUCUUAACCAAGGUUGCUGUGUAGGCUCUAUUCUAUAUACUACAAUAUUAUCUGUUCAAUACUGUACAUUGCUCCGACAAAGCAAAAGGUUCUACGACUCAGUACUUAGAGAAAAAUGACAAUAUUUAUAAUUAAGUUAUAUAUUGUACAUAGAAAAUAAAGCAAAGAAUAGUUUGCAUUUUAAAUUUUAUUCUGUUAGCCCUGCUACUGUGUCACACUGCUAGUCAUGCGGAGGUGGAAAAAUUGACCAAUGCCGAAAAAUGAGGGACAGGCAAGCUUUGAUACGUUGUUGUUUCAAAAGAUGCAAACAACUGCUUAAAAUCGCAAACUAUUUAAGUUUGAAGUUGAUUUAUUCUUUGUGGAGGGGCCUAAAAUGAUCAUGUAUAGACAGCAUGUUUUACAUUUCAGAUUUUUUUAACACAAAAAACAAAACAAAGGAUUGAUAAUAUGUCCCAAAAUGAGACUUUAUCAGAACAGGCUGAUAAUUAAAAUUCUCACUCAGAUGAUCAAAAAAAGGUCAGGCUGCAACUUCUGUGUGGAUUUAUGCAUGCUAAAAACAAAUCUAAAUUUUAUCUUUUAAUUGGCAACAUAUCUGUUACAACGGGUGUAGAAAUGUACUCUCAGUCCUGUAUAACUGUCUGGAUAUUGUGACGUUAAAAAAAGUAGCCCAUUUUCAAAGCUUUUGCAUAAUGAAAUUAAAAACUGAAUAUAUUUUAGGGACAUUUUUUUUUAGAUAAAAAGCUGCAAUAACCUGGUUGCACAUGUGUGAACAUCUUUAAAGUAAUUCUUUGAGACUUUUUUUUUUUUUUUUAUAUAUAACUGUACAGUGUUCAGUAUUCUUGAUAUUAGUCAAUUCUAAAAGUUCUCUAAAUCUGUCAGAUUGUGAAGACAUCUCUUGUCCACAGUUCUCUUAAGAUUUUAUGUCUGAUUUAGUUCUGGAUUCUGGCUCAGCCGUUCCAAAACUUUACUUUUCAUCAGGUGAAGUCAUCCUUUUCUUUGGACUCACUAUGAUAUUGAAAAUCGGAAUGUAUCUUCAUUUUAGCUACCAGAUAUCUAAAGAUUUGAGGUCACAACUGACUGAUUUAUAAUCUCAUCCACAUUCUCAAAACAUUUCCUUCUUAAGAGAAGCAACACCCUAGCAAAGGAUGUGGCCCAAAAGCUGAAUUUUGUUUUUUAUUUUUUUUCCAUUAAUCUACAAUGUUUUGCCAACGGCUCUAAUGUUUAAAGUAAUCUCUUGAUUUUACCAUUUUUUUCAGACUGGAAGUAGUAACAUUUUGGAGUGGCCCAGCCAGAAACCCAACUUGAAUCUAAUGGAGUGAGCUAAGCAUUAGGGUGAUUGCAAAGAGAACUUUCCAACUCAAAGCAGUUGCACAUCACCAAAGAUAAACCAUGAAGAUGCUAGUGGAAACAUGCAAAAACCUGCUGAGUAAUUAUAAAAAGACUUUAUUUGCUUUACUGCCUAUAUAGAAAUGUUUUGCCUUGCUAAGCUAAAAGGGCCUUAAUAUUUUUUAUACAUUUUGGAGUAAAAUUUGAAUAAAUGUCGAUAGUUGUUUCCCCAAGAUGAUACUCAAUUUAUGUUGCAUUCAAAAUAGUUGAUUGUGAAAGUAAAUUCAAUAACACUGAAUGCUGAAAUUGACGAGUCAAAGAAAGCAUUUGUCUAAAGCUGAACACGCUUAUGCCACCAGGAUUUUUUUAGGUGUUUUUAUUUCCAAACAGAUUAGUUUAUUUUUCUGUUCAGUAGAGCAGGGACGUGUGGCAUUGUACACAGGAAAGGUUUUGAAAAGCGACAUUUUUUAACGUAAUUAAAACCAGACUUUUCUAAAGAGUCAUAAUAUUUCCACUGUCCAUAAAGCUAUUUGGCUGCAGUCUGUUAGCUAUUCAUUAUUAAUUAGUGGCUCUAAUUGUUGGAAUUACACAACAGAAGUCAGCUUUGAUUGCAAUAAAACAGUUUUGUCUGAGUAAGCGAUAAGUAACUAACUGGAAGUUUAAUAUUGAAAGUACCAUUGAAGUUUGGUUCUGUCCCUCCUUCCAAAUAGUGAUGGGUUAGUGCUCAAAGGUUACAAGCAAGCAAAUGCAUCUCCUCACCCCUUCUCACCAGCUCCUGGUAAACAUUUCUCCCUCUUCUGCUUUAUUAUUUUCAUGAUUUUUUUUUUUCCCCCCCAGCCCGUUCUGCCCUAUGAAUAUGUCUUACAUUUUGAACUAAGGGUGCACUUUAUAUAUUUUAUCUACUUUGGUUGUUGCGCUUGGUGAAUUUGGAGAGCGUGGGUGUGCGUCCAAUGCGGCCAGACUGUCAUAGAUUCUAUUACUGUAUAAUUUCUCAGCUUGGUGGUGAGUGACGGUAUGAGGAGAGAACGACGUUUUUAAAACUGGCGAGGAUGUAUAGACUUUCUAGCACAAGCUGUAUAUAGUGGUUUACAUACUGCGCUCGGUCCGGCUCGGAUUUGUGGGUUCGUUUUGUUUUUUAAAGGCCAAAUCAUGUUUCACCUUGUUCCAAACAAAACAAAAGAAAAAAAAAAGUCUAUGUUAGAACAGCUUCUUAAAUGCACAAAUGUUGGAAAUAAUAUAAAUCUGCUGAAAGAGAAUAGAAUUAUAGAAUAAUAAUAAUAAUAAAGCUUGGUAUUUUCUCCAGAAACUCCAUAUUUCUUGAUUAUGGAGUCACCGUUAUGUGGAAUAACAAAAAUAGUCAAGUUCUUGUUAUAUUUGAGAAAAGUUAUAGGCUUUUUUUCUGUAGCUUUUUACUUUGUGAUGUCAGAUAAAGAUGAUCAACAGAGAGAUUUCUCCUCGUCUCCUGUUUAAACAGCUACCAGAGAAAUGAAGGUCAAACUAACUUAAACAGGACUUGUUCAGUUGUGUGAAUCCAAGGGCGUUCAAGUUCGAGCUGUACGUGUAUAUUAGUUUGCUGUAAAUAGUCUGAUGCAUGUUCUAUUCUUUCCAUGAAGCUCCAGCAGAAACAUGUAUAGCAGUGUGUGAUACGGUGUCGGGAUUAAGAUAAGGAGACUACUGCUGUCCCCGAACUGUCAUCAUUCUCCUUCAGCCUCAACAGACGAGUAAAAGAUUUCCUUUAUUUUAGUUUUUAACGUAUUUGCUUGCUGAGCAGAGUUCUCUUGUCUGUAAAUGUGAGCUUUCAGAUCGCUGUGAUAAAGUUUCAUUAAAAAUGUUAAAAAAGAAUGUGUUUUUAUCUCAUGAUAACUGAUUGUAACAUGUACAGUCCAAACUAUGUAUUAAAAAAAAGAACAUAUUUAUAAAUGGUUAUAAACCGAAACACGUCAUGCAUGUCAGUCAUUUAUUUUUUGACUUGUCGAUUGCAUAGAUAUGGUAAAAAGAUGUUAAUCUGCAUGCGCUAGAAUAUCAAACUCAUGAAACGACAUGAAACCAAGAUUUUGCACGCCAGCAAUUCUUUCUUUCCAUAACCUGGCAAGAAAAUCUGGGCUCAAUCCUUUUGGGGAUCUUUAAAUGGAAUUUUUAAUUUGUAGACACAAAAAUCCAAAAUAUUAGUACCUCUCGAUAAAUUUGAAUAACACUGGCAUGUUUCCUCUCAAUUCAAAAAUAAAUCUUCCUAUCAAGAAAAUAAUGUUAAAACUUUGUGGAUUUGGAUUAAUGAGCUACUUUAUGUAGGAAUUUGACAGGUAAGAAAUGUUUUUUAGUUGGCUCUUCAAAGGAUUUAACUAAAUAGUCCAGAAAAUAAGCAUAAAAAACAGGUAUCCAACUGCACAGUAAAAUAGUUUUGUUUUUGUAUUUUUUUCCCCUUUUGCUGCAAAAGUAAACGACUCUGAAAAACUACAGUUUAAAAUAGCAUAGACUCAGAUAUUUCGACCACCAGGGCCUGAAAAAAAAAUAAGUGAUUGAAAUCUAACGUUUGACACAUCUGGUAUGUAUGAAGGUGCUUUUAAUUUUAAACAAUUUGACACGACGUUAAGUCGCCUUAUAUGCACGGGCCUGUGUGAGCUGCAUUAAGAGAUACUAAGGUUUUCAAAUGUAAUAGUCUUGACCCUUGUCACUUGUAAAAAAAAAAAAAAAAAUAGGACCAUAAAUGUUUGGUUCCUGUUUAACACCAUUAAACAGAAAUGUAUAUCUGAAAUUUAACAUUUAGAGUUGGAAUAUUCAGAAGUAAGAAGAGUAAAAGAUUCAAGACAGGACAACU